AUGGCGAGAAUUAGUAGAGUAGAGAAGGAGAGGCUGAGGAAAUUAGCCCAGCGACAAAGAGAAGCAGACUGUCUAUACUGGGUAGAACGAAGGAAAGUAAUGACUUUCAAAAAAGCUUUAGGCUACUGUUUAGGAUACAGUUUUAUGGGCCUCGUUUAUGCCAUUCCUAUCUUAUCUUAUCUUCUGAUUGGGUUGUGCUACGUCGGCUGCCAAGCAGUAGCUUGUUUCCUUGCUUGUUCGGCAUAA